CUUGAAUGUCAAUGUCAAAGUGCAAUUGCAAGAGUAGGCUUCAAAUGGCCAACAGUUAAAGCCAAGUUAACUUACUGUAACGAAAUUAAAGGGGCUUUUAAAUAGCAUAAUUUAAUAAGUGCCCUAUGUCACAAAGGUCGGUUUCAAAUACUCAGCCAAGGACAUUAUUAAAACUGGCCUUAAAAAAAAAAGGUUUCACAGGGUAUCAGCUAUGUUCUACUGUAUAUCCUCUAAAAACACAUUGGAAGCGCAGUGAACCUAGAAAUGUUUUUAAUUUUAAUACUACGCGCAAAUAAAGGAGGCAAAAAUUGAUUGAUUACCCGCUAAUCUAUCGACGUCGAAAUAAUUAUGUUAUAAUUAUCUGCACGUACACGAGUAACUAAUUUGUUGACAGAGCUAAAAAUGAUAUAAUUUCAUCGAACUCGUACCACUUUUUCUCAAGCAGCCAAGCCAUGAAAAGAGUGCUCAUUAUUUGGAUGCUAGCUCACCCACUACAGCAUUAUCAAUGUAGUGCUGUCAUUUUCAAAAUGACCAAUGCAGUGUGUGAGUCCUAUAACAAAACCUGGGUGGAAUUCGGCCUGUGUCGCCUGCGAGCCGUUAGUCGGAAUAAGGUUUGCCUGAAUGUCGAUGCCAAUUUGCUUUAUCCGGUUCACGAUGUUAUAGUCAAGGCCAGAUUGAUGAAAAGGGCCAAUGGUUAUAAGCCUUGGCUCUAUAGCGUCAGCUUCGAUGGCUGCCAGUUUAUAAGGCGUAGAAACAAUGCCCUGAUUCGAAUCGUUUGGGAGCUUUUUAAAGAGUACUCGACGAUCAAUCACACCUGUCCCUAUGUGGGCCUGCAGCAAGUUAAGAACUUCUAUCUAAGAUCCGAGAAGCUGCCUACGCCCAUACCCACUGGGGAAUAUCUGUUGAUGAUUGACUGGGUGUUCAACAAAAAACCGCAGGCUGCCACAAAUGUUUAUUUCACCUUUGUGGAGGAUCUAAAAGAUAGUUAAAAAUCGUAAAAUCUAAACUGAACUGUAAU